UUUAAAGUGAUUCGCUUGGACUCCUAAUCUCUCUAUUCUUUUCGGACCCUAAAAUCGAACAAUGACCCAGAACCCGGAUCCAAACCCUAAUCCGUCGCAGGUGCUCGACGAUCUCCUCUCCUCGGAGCAGCAGCAGCAGCAGCCAGAGAGCUUGAGCUCUCCAGGUAGGGUAUUGAGCAUCGAUACAAGGGUGGAGCAAGCAUGGGCACACUGGAAGAAACUAGGAAGACCCAAGUACAUCGUUGCUCCGAUGGUGGAUAACUCGGAGCUUCCGUUCCGAUUGCUCUGCCAGAAAUACGGAGCUCAAGCUGCUUACACGCCGAUGCUUCAUUCCAGGGUCUUCACCGAGACUGAGAAGUAUCGUAACCAAGAGUUCACCACUUGUAAGGAGGACAGGCCGUUGUUUGUGCAGUUCUGUGCUAAUGAUCCUGAUACUCUCUUGGAAGCUGCAAAGAGAGUCCAACCUUACUGCGAUUAUGUUGAUAUCAACUUAGGGUGUCCUCAACGUAUUGCGAAGCGAGGAAACUAUGGUGCAUUCCUAAUGGAUAACCUUCCUUUGGUGAAGUCACUCGUUGAGAAGUUAGCUCAGAACCUCACUGUUCCCGUCUCCUGCAAGAUCCGUAUUUUCCCUAACCUUCAAGAUACACUCAAUUACGCCAAGAUGCUAGAAGAAGCCGGUUGCUCAUUACUAGCGGUUCACGGACGGACGAGAGAUGAGAAAGACGGGAAAAAGUUUAGAGCUGAUUGGGGAGCCAUCAAGGAGGUGAGAGAAGCUCUGAGGAUCCCUGUUUUAGCCAAUGGGAACGUGAGAUGCGUUGAAGAUGUGGAUGAGUGCAUCAGAGAGACGGGUGUUGAAGGCGUUCUUUCCGCUGAGACGCUUCUUGAGAACCCGGCGGCCUUUGCUGGGUUUAGAACAGCUGAAUGGGCUAAAGAAGAGGGAUACGUGGAUGGAGGAUUAGAUCAGGGAGAUUUAGUUGUUGAGUAUUUGAAGUUAUGUGAGAAGCAUCCGGUUCCGUGGAGGAUGAUUCGGUCUCACGUGCAUAAGAUGCUGGGAGACUGGUUUAGGGUGCAUCCACAGGUUAGGGAGGAGUUUAAUGCUCAGAACAUAUUGACGUUUGAGUUUCUAUACGGUCUUGUGGAUCAGCUUAAAGAGCUUGGUGGACGAGUUCCACUCUACAAGAAAAGGAAGAUAGAUACUCCACAAGAGUCUCCACAAAGGGUUUAGAGAGUUGCAUUUAUACGUCUUGAUUUAUUGAGAUUUUUAUGUUGUAUCAGUGUCUAAAUACUUUUUGAAGUAAAACCGUCACUAGUU